UAGAGGGUUAUUUAAAACUUUAAAAUUUGUGUUGUUUGUGAUUUCAUUGGAUGGCUCAUCAAGCGUAGUAAUUGAGGUCAAGCUUAAUAUUUUGUUUUGUGGGCAACGAAAUUGUACUUGAUGACUAAAUAUGCUUUACAAUAAUAUAUCAAGGAUAUACUAAGUAUAUAUAUUCUGUCAAAUUGCUAGACAGUCAACAUGGCAGAAGGUGGCGGUGUAGAUUAUAAAAUGUAUUUUGGACAGCUCAUUGAGAUUUUGGAGACCAAUCCAGAAAUGAAAAGAAGUGCAAAAGGUAUUUCUAAGCAAGAAGCAUAUGGAGCAGGAGGUACGGCAAUUGGCGGAGUGUUAUUUAGGGCUGCUAGAGCGCUUGUUGGGGGAAUAGCUGGUUCACUGAUUGGCUACAUAUCAUCUGAUGAUUACCAAAGAAUGAUCCAAAUAAUGAUUAACCUUAGCGACAGCAAGAAAAAGGAACUAGUUAAUAAGGUACAGGAAUUAGUGGGGAGUGUUCUUAAAGAUGCUCUUGUUCAAUUUGUGACGUCAGAGGAGAAUCGAACAGCAUUGAUACAACUCAUCCGAAGUCAUUAGUGUUAAACUAAUCUGUAUGCCUUUAAUGCAUUGUGGUAAUUUGAACUUUUACAACUUCUUCAGUUUAUACUGCAGGUACAUGUAAAUCAGAGAUGCCCGUGUGAUAUUUAAUUGGAAGCGAGAAUAUAACCAGUGCAGAAUAUGCCGUUUUCCUUCAUUCCCACUCGAAGUGUUGUGUCCUUUGUACGGAUUUGAUUGCAUAUGUUCUAAAAGUAUCAUUGAACAUGUUUAACGGAACUGUACUACUUACCAUAAUAAUUGUUUAAAAGGGGCGUUUCAAUCCUCAAGAGAAAAACAAAAACAGAAGAUACGUUUGCUACCAUUACCUAUUACAAUAAAUAGUCUCAAUGUCGUUUGGAAUUAGGGGUAAUUUAUUUCUUUUUAAGACAUUACACCAGGGUAGCAUAUUAUUUACAUCGGCGCAAAGCACAGUUUGAUAUGCCGGUAUACUAAACUGAUUUUGCGAUGCAAGUCAACCUCAACUGAAUAUUUAUGAAUUUAAAUCUAAAUUGAUUCUAUAUUGUUCAUGUAUUUUGUUAAUGAAAACUUUACUACUAUUGUUUAUUCAAGUAUAUAUUCGCACAAUUACAACCCUCACAAAUAUCAUCUACUGCCUAAUACAGCUGGUAAAAUAUGUGUAUUGUAUAACACGUACUCCUGGAUAAAGAGAUUGGAAGUCAUAACAUAGCACACACAUUGACGUUCCUGUGUGUUUUUGCCCAUGUAAAAGAAAGAAAAAAGGUUUUCAAGGUACAUGGGAUGGCAUGUAGCAUGUAGCAUCUCGACCACGUUGGUGUGUAUUUUCCGAUAGUUUCUUUAGGACAGCGCUGUAUCGUGCUUCUCACAUUGUCCAUUAUCUUUAAAACUCAGUAUCUGAAAUAAAUGCUAUAUUUUUUAUAUUAGUACCCUCCCAUAAGUAUCACCGUGCCUCUGGCAAAAACGGUGAAAUCGCAUUAAAACAGUUUUAACAAUGUUUGAAAAGAAAACGAUACAUUGCAAAGACGUUUUUGAAAAAUAGUAUAUCGAUGAAAUAAACAACGAAAAGGAUUAGACGUGUAAAACUUCUUUAACACUAAGACUGCAGUAAGACUUUUAUCCUUAAAAUAGUUUGGGUUUUUUAGGUUUUUUUAAAUAACAUCUACUUGAGCGUUAUCAAUGUUUUUGAAAUAUUCGAAUGUGUCAUCAAUAGGA